CGCACCCCCGGACCACACCCAGCCAGCCGCGUCUCGGCGGCGAUACGUGACGAAGAUCAUGAGCUUGCUUCACUAUACGCGUUCGAUAUCGAACUUCAGCGGUGCUCUGUGCUUAUAGACCCACAUUGCGGAAACCCUACGAGUCUGAUUAGUGCGCUACUAUCUGUCAAUGAUCCGAUGAAGUUACCUCGAUGGUUCGCGCGGCGUUCACGACAAGUACCGGGCUUGCUCGCACCUACGGCCGCUCGAAUCACUCGUAGAUGUUCAAGCGUCAAACAUAAACUCCGCUCCGUGCCGUACAUCUGCAAAACCAAACACGAUUGCAUCGUCUGCCAAACCAUCAUCCACGACAACGAAAUCCAUCUACGGUGUGGGCACCACUACCACGUAGAUGCCUGCUCCACCUCGUCGAGUCUUCAACCCAUGACGAGUCCUGUUCCCCCGAGCUGUUGUCAACAGCCGAUCCGCGAGAGGCUAUUCAAGCGUUAUAUGUCGCCUGCCCUUGCGAGCACGUAUCGCGAGAAGUGUGCAGAGUUCUCCACCGUUCGCCGGGUCUACUGCUCAAUCCUGCUUGCAGCCGCUUCCUGGGCCCUCGGACGGACUCGCUGGACUCCAUUAAUUACUACUGUGCCGUUUGCUCCACGCGUACGUGCAGCAGCUGCAGGUCCGCCGUCGCCCUGCCACCGCCGGCCAGCGGCACGUCUGCAAGGCCGAUCGCUCCCAACGCGAGGUGCUCGACCUCGCUCGCAAAGGGGAUGGACACGGUGUCCCGCAUGCGACCAGAUGAUCGAACUGCACAGCGGAUGCUAUCAUAUGACGUGCGUCUGCGCCAUGCAGUUCUGCUACGUCUGCGGGAGCCCGUGGAAGACAUGUGUCUGCCCGCAGUGGGAACAAGUAGAGCUCGGCACCCUGGAUGCUCAGCCAAUCUUUGCUCCGCCCAUCGACGCCACUCGCCCGCCUACGCCACCACCGAAGCCCACACGUCCAGAAAGCGACCUUAAGUGGCGCGAAGUGAUUCGCGGUCGUUAUACCCGCUCCAGCACCAGACGCAUGGCGUAGUGGUGUCCCAGGACCAUCCCCGAUCGAGCACUCAGGGUCUCUCUGGCAGCCUGCGUCCCGAGGUCGCCACCCCAAAGGCGC